AAUUCCACCAACAUGACUAGCUUGGUCCCUGGCUUGAACGACACGACCAUCGACUGGAACGAGACACAUGCAACCAAAAAUGCCAGUUUCCCUCGUUUUAACGACACCGUGAGACCACCCGAGGAGACCAUUACGUUUCCUCCUUACACUCCCACUUCGUCCGCAGUCCCGCGACAUAACAUACCUUCUCUGGAAGCAUCCUUUCCUCAGCAAUCGUGGCCGAAUGAGUCCGUCGCAGCUCUCGCCGCCGUCGCCGGAGUGGCCGCCACGCUUCUGGUUGUUUGGGCUCUGCAACUCCGACAAAAGAGAGCGAAGGUCAUGACACGGGAGGGCUCGGACGAUAGCAUUUCGCCGCCCGACUAUGUAUGCGCCGGCAGUCCCAUCGGCACGGCCGUCACCCUACCGGCGUCGUCGUCGAGCUACAUGUAGAUCGACGAUACGGAAUAGUUACCACGUCGAUGGCGGAGCGAUGCGACACUGUUCUUCCGAGGUCUAUCGCGGGAGAGUCAUGGAAGGAUGGCAGAGAUGGUGGUGGCAGCGCCUGCGGGCACUGUUUUGCACUUCGAAGUACUUAUCACGUUGACGAC